UUUUCAAUUAUAUUUCCUUGGAAUAAUCUUCUUCUCGACCGGCUACUAAAACCCUGUUACAGAAGAAGAAGAAGAAAGCAAGCAAGUUUUUGAGCAUGGAUUUCGGGAGUAUGGAUCGACGGCAACUGACGAUGACGGGUUCGGGUAUGUCCGUUUUGCUAACCCUGCACUUCACCUUCCCGCUGUUAUCACAGCACCUCUUCUAUUGGAAGAAUCCCAGUCAGCAAAAGGCCAUCGCCGUUAUCAUACUGUUGGCCCCGCUUUACGCCGUUAAUUCCUUCGUUGGGUUACUGGAUACCCAAGGCAGCAAACCCUUGUUCUUGUUAUUGACCUCCGUUAGACACUGCUAUGAUGCUUUGGCUGUUGCGACGUUUUUGGCUUUGAUUUAUAGUUACUUGAAUAUUUCCAUGAGCAGCAAUGUUGUGCCAGAUGAGAUCAAAGGGAGGGAGAUUCACCAUUUAUUCCCGAUUAAUCUUUUUCAGCCAAGAACAGCGCAUUUGAAUCACCAAACGUUGAGACUCCUCAAGCAAUGGACAUUGCAGUUUGUUAUUAUCCGCCCCGUCUGUUCUAUAUUGAUGACAGCACUGCAAAUUAUCGGGAUGUAUCCGAGUUGGCUCAAUUGGACAUUCGUCGUCGUUUUGAAUUUAUCGAUUUUGCUGGCCAUGUAUGCGCUGGUUGUUUUCUACCGUGUCUUUGCCAAAGAAUUGGAGCCGCAUAAGCCGCUCACAAAGUUCAUCUGCAUCGUAGGAAUUGUUUUCUUCUCCUUUUGGCAGGGACUAGUGCUCGACAUCCUUGUAAAAACGGGGACUAUUAGAUCGAAUCAUUUCUGGUUAGAUACGGAGCACGUUGGAGAAGCAAUACAGCAUGUGAUAGUGUGUGUUGAGAUGGUACUCUACUCGGUUCUCCAGCAAUACGCGUACCAUGUUUCACCUUACAGUGGAGACUUAGAAUCGAAACUCAGGCAGAGGAAGUAUUGAAACAACUAAACAAGGCAUAUUAAAACAAUGUAACUUGAUCCUUUUGUACGAUUAUCGCAUGUUACUAAACUGCUAGACAUUUGUACAGUUAACGUUUUUUUCGAUGUUUCCCUCCUUU